UAAUAAUUUUUUAACUCGACUUUCAGCAAGCCAGAGAGGUACUGCGCACCAAUGGAGUCCAGGGCCUCUCUCAUUACACCAAAAAGAAAAAGUAGAAGAAGAAGGUACAGGAACAUAGAAACAGAGAUCAAAAAACACAGAAAGAAAUAUAAGCCUUUGUGUAAGGAAUUGCUUCAAAGUUCAAAGCAUGAGCUUUAAGAAUGUUGUUCAUACUUGGGUCAAAACUUGUUCCAGAUCUAAAUCCAAAUCUCAACCCUUCUCAUCUCUCUUUGACUCUGCCGACACUCUCAAAAAACAACAAGAAUCACAGUCAAAACCAGCCUUCAGUCUCGAAACCUACAUGACCCAGAAAAUCAAAUCCAUCAACGAAGCUCUGGACGCCGCCAUUUCACUCAAAGACAAAGAACCCCGCGAGCUCCACGAGGCCAUGCGCUAUUCCCUCCUUCCCGGUGGCAAGCGAGUCUGCCCACUCUUCUGCAUCGCUUCCUGCGAGCUCGUCGGCGGCACUGAAUCCAUGGCCAUGCCCGCCGCUUGCUCCUGCGAGAUGAUCCACGACGCGGCUCUCAUCCAAGACGAUCUCCCUUGCAUGGACAAUGCUCAUCUCCGCCGUAGAAAGCCCACCACCCACAAGGCAUUCGGCGAAGCCGUCGCCAUUCUCGCCGCCGAUGGCCUCUUAGCCUUAGCUUUCGAGCACAUUGCCUUGUACACACCAACAGCCGUGCCCCCAGCGAGAAUAGUUCGUGGCAUUGGGGAGUUAGCGAGGUGCAUUGGAGCUCAAGGAGCUGUUGCAGGCCAAGUGUUUGAUAUAAGUUCUCAGAGAGAGUCUAACGUGACGUUGGAGUAUUUGGAGUACUUUCAUCUGCAUAAGACCGCAGCAAUGCUGGAAGGAACAGUGGUUCUUGGAGCUAUGUUGGGAGGUGGGUCCGAUGAAGAGGUUGAGAAAAUUAGGAGUUUCGCGAGAUAUGUUGGGUGGGGUUUUCAGGUAGUGGAUGACAUUCUUGAUGUGACAAAAUCGUCGCAGGAAUUGGGAAAACCGACAGGGAAGGACUUGGUGGAUGGGAAAGUUACGUAUCCAAGGCUAAUGGGUGUUGAAAAGUCGAGGGAGUUUGCGGAGAAAUUGAACAAGCUGGCUCUGGAUCAGCUUUCUGGGUUUGAUACGCAGAAAACGGUGCCGUUGGUUGCAUUGGCCAAUUACAUUGCUCGUAGGCAAAAGUAAUAUAGGUAUGUAUCAAUGUUUCCAACCAACCCAAACCAAGAUCUCUUUUACAUUACUAUUAUUAAUGGAGUAUUUUUUUUUACGAUUUUAUGCUUGGUAUAAUUGUACUCUUCUUGUAUGUGUGCGUGCAAAUUCUGGCACACAAGGACACAAAGAUAAAUACUACUUGUAUCAAUAAAAUUGCAGAUUUGUUAGACCCUCAUCAUUCAUCAUUUAGGACAAGAGUGCCUACUAAUCUUAUAUUCCAUUGAAAUACUAUAAUCUGUUUGGUAAAAUGAAAUGUAGAAAGCCCUGUAACAUUUGGGCUUCAAGAGAACAAGAAUUGGCUUUGUUACAAUUAUAUACUUCAUUUUUAUUUUUUCAGUGUCUAGAAUUUUGUUGCUUAGGAUUUCACGUCCUGUUGAUGAAAUAUCUUAAUGUGCUUAAUGGGUUUUUAUUAUUUAAUUUAUAACUUGAACCAUGGACUGGGAAAGUGGAAAGCUUUAAUUCAGUUGGUUGGUAUUUUUCUUUUUUUCUUUUUUCCUGAAGAUUAUACUUUUGUUAUUUGCUUUUCCAUCUCUGUGUAUUAUCCAAUUGGGGUUUUGGUUUGUGGUGGCUAUUAUAAUAACAGUUUUGGAGAAAUUUACAGUUUAUAUAUAUAUAUAUAUAUAUAUAUCUUGGAUAUGUGGUUUAAAUCAGAUUGGUCAAAUUGUGGGAAAGCCUGACUUGGCACCAGUGGUAUGGGUGAGAAGGUUUGUGACCCCCUUUGGUAACAUUCAGCUUUUUCUGGAGGAGUUGGGUCAAAGUAGUGGCAACAUGUUUGAAAGAUUUGAAAUGGAUCCUCUUAAUUCUGAUUUAAUUAACCAGGUGCCACACACACACAACUUACUCUCCAAUAGAGAGAAAUAUUUAUGGGUUAUUCACACCAUUACUUUUCAAAGGAAUGAUUAAUGUUCCAAUCAUGCCAGCUGAUAAUUGAUGUAAAGGGUGAAGCCCCCUGAAUUCACAUGUUAAUAUUCUUAGCCGGUUUUUGGUCCAUGAAUUUGGAAUUAAAAAUAGCUGAGUGAAAACGAACAUGACUUCAGUAAACAAUGAAGUGAUGCUAUUUCUCUGUUGUCUGAACCAACUUCUGUACCAUACACCUGAUCAUAUUCUGAAUGCUGAAAUAACUGGGCAGCAUUGAUCGCAUUGUCUGGUUGCUUUUACGUACUUCAAAUUGGAGUGGACCUAAUUUGCUUAGUAAAUAGCAUAUUUGUUUGGGUAAUAAUUUAUUGAAUCAUUGAGGUGAUUAAAAUGCCUAAACAUAUCUAGUCUUUGGUGCUCUUCUCACCCUAGACGAAGUAGGAAUCAUACUUAUUUUUUUGCCUAAACAUAUUAUAGUGAUGUGGUUAAUUACUUCUGCAUGGUGUGAUAUCAUAAUCUUCUAAUUUUGUAGAUAUUAUUAAAAGUACACUCAGAUGAGCAAUGUAUUUAGUAAGAAAUAUUAUUCUCAUACAUUUUACUGACUUCGAAAGAGAUAAAACUAUGCUUAUUAGAUAACAAUGUUAGAUGAAUAUGAAUAAAUUAGCUUUUCUGAUUUAAAUCAAGAACCAAAACUUAAAUUGGAGUGGUGAUGUUUUGGGGUUGAAAAUAAUGGGAUUGUAACUUGAAGUUUGUUAGCCUCUUUUCUCUUUACACACAAGUUCAGAGCAAAAUAAAACAUGAUUUUUGCUAAUCAAUGUCAACAUUUGUAGUUGCGAUAAACAUAUGUAUAAUUGUUGUUAACUAUUCUGUGCAUUGGAUGAGUUGGCGUCUAGUUUAUUAUAUUGUUAAUGUUGAACUGAGUGAAAUCACUGUCACAUUAAUUUAUAAUUUUUUUUUCAGUAGUAAAUUGGUAGUAAUAUAACAUUUUCCCACAGAAAAGGCUAUCUAAAUACAUAAAGAAAGACAAAGACUUCAUUCUGAAUCUAAAAACAACAUAAUUUCAUCAAAGCAGUAGCAGUGGCAUUGAAGUGGCAGAGUUUUCUUCCACUUUAACUUCCACCUCUUAUGAUCGUGAUACUUCUCACUGCUUCUACUACCUUUAAGGCCACAAAGACAACAGUUUUAACGAAGCUCCUAAAAAUCUGAGCUUUGAUCUGACCUCUCUUGGGGGGGAGGCUUGUGGUUUUGGAGCAAGCAGAAGCCAUAGAAGUAAAAGUAGAUAGUAAUCUACAAA